AUGUGUACCGGCACGCUGAUCCGCUUCUUCUGCCCGGAGGCCAUUAUGCAGAACAAGCUGUGCCCGUUCUACAAUCCAAAUGGCCCCACGAGCGUUUACCGCGCACUUUGGUCGCCGUCCGAGUUUGUGUGCUGUCGCAACCACGACAGCCGCGCAUGUAUCACGUGUCCGGCCCUGAGACAGCCCGGCAACUUCAGGUACUCUGACACUUGCAGCGUCGUAUGCGAUACCUGCGGCGCCCGCAUGAAGCGGGAUAUCGACGCCGAGAUGGAGGUCAGAGCUUCGGUUUCCGGCAGCGAGGACACUAUGGACGACGAGAGUGAUGACGAGACUACGGACGUGGAGAGUGAUGAUAGCUCUAUCAUUGAUGAGGAGGCCGAGAGGGAAACGGAAGCGGCGAUUGAGGAAGCUGAUCAGCUUUACAAUCAGGAAGCCGACCCUGAAGUCGAUGAGAAAGCCGUUGAGGAAGCUGACCAGGGGGCUGGGACCGAAAUGGACAUCUGCGACUGCCCCAAAUGCACAAACAAGUGCAAGAAUACGACGGCGAUGGUCACCGCCGAACAGAGUCGACCGGAAUUCUCGAUCACAUUGACAAGCCCAUGCGGUUUGAAGGAUCAGCCUCAGUCCUAA